ACUGAUUUUCUGACCCACACCCCACCUCUCCCCUCCCUGUAAGAUAAGGCUGAUGCCAUUUACCCUCUGUCAUAGCACUGCAGGUGAGAAGCACCCGGCUGAAGUUGGUCCAGGUGCUUCCAGCCCUUCUGCUGACCUUCCCCCCCUGUCCCUGCAGCGCUGAGAGGGGAGAGCGGUGAGUAUUUCCUCAACGGGAGGCUCUCCAUCGAUCCCCCCCGACGCUUUGACAUCGCCGGCACGACAUUCCACUACAGGCGAUCCCCUGAGGAGCCCGAGUCGCUGGAGGCCUUGGGACCCACCAACAUCACCCUCUUUGUCAUGGUCCUGGUGCGGACGGAGCCGCAGGGGAUCCGCUACAAGUUCAACGCACCCGUUGGCAGGGACGGCUCCAACCAGUAUUCCUGGCACUACACCCCAUGGACCAAAUGCUCCGUGCUGUGUGCAGGGGGCAGCCAGAUCCAGUCUGUGGUGUGCAGGAAACUUUCUGAUGGCUCAACUGUCUCCAACCAUUUCUGCAGCCCUGAAAACAAACUGCUGGAGAGGCAGAGGCUGUGCAACACUGAGCCGUGUCCCCCAGCGUGGGUGAUUGGGAACUGGUCCGAGUGCAGCCGGAGCUGCAACGAGGGUGUCCGCACGCGCAGCGUCUUCUGCAAGCGCAAGAUCUCCGCCACUGAGGAGAAGACCUUGGAUGAUGCUUCUUGCUCCCACCCACGGCCAAAGAUGCUGGAGCCCUGUAACAACCAGACAUGCCCUCCAGAGUGGGUGGCCCUGGACUGGUCAGAGUGCACCCCGAACUGUGGCCCCGGCUUCCGCCACCGCAUCGUCCUGUGCAAGAGCGGCGACCACAGCGCGACCCUGCCCACGGCCCAGUGCCACGAGGCCUCCAAGCCCCCCACCAGCAUGAGGUGCAACCUGCGGCGCUGCCCCCCGCCCCGCUGGGUCACCGGCGAGUGGGGAGAGUGCUCGGCCCAGUGUGGCCUCGGCCAGCAGAGAAGAUCCGUCCAGUGCCUGGCCCACACCGGGCAGCCGUCCAGUGAGUGUGUGGAGGCCCUGCAGCCCCCGGGGAUGCAGCAGUGCGAGACCAAGUGCGAGUCGGGACCCACGGACAACCCUGAGGAGUGCAAGGAUGUCAACAAGGUUGCCUACUGCCCGCUCGUCCUGAAGUUCAAGUUCUGCAGCCGGACCUACUUCCGACAGAUGUGCUGUAAAACCUGCCAGGGGCAUUAGGGACACAGCCUGACCCCUGUGGGAAAACUGGAAGGCAAAAGCUAUGCUGGAGGGUCACCGAGCUGGGCCCUUCCUCUCCAACCUGGGAAUCUCCUCUGGCUCCAACACAGACACUGCUCGUGCUUCCAGUGGGAGCCAGCGCCACCCAAACCCCCAAAACCAGCAACCUUCGCCCCCUGAGCUUCACGAUGGCAGGUUCCCAGUUAAACCACUGCAGCUCCCAGCAUGGAUGAGCGGUGGGAGAGUGGGAAUGUGGGCAGGGACAUUACUUGAAGUUCUGAUGUUGUUAUUUAUUAGUCGUGAGCCCAGGUCCUGCCAGUGGGGGAAGCAGCACCACUCACCUCAUCCUGUUCCAUGCCCGCGUCCGAGGGUAUCACAGAGCACCGUGGUCUGCAGUGGGAGCCUGAGCACACCCAGGGGUGCUGCCAUUCCCUCGGGAUCCCAGGGGAGACAGGGAGGAGGGUCUGGGUGCCUCGGGUGACGAGCUUGGCGUGUGGCUCCUGAGGAAGAGCCGCUGUGGGAAGUGGGGUUGGAGCAGGAAUUUUGUUUGCAUCCUGUCACCUUGGGACCUGCACCAGGGCAGAGGGAGCAGGUUACUCCACGGUGACACCAGUUUAGCUGGGAGAGGGGAGUUAUUCAAACACUCAUAACGACCUACUUUGAUUGGGGUGUCCCCCUAUUUUUCCUGUCACUUUUAUGGCCAUAUCUAUUCCUCGAAGCAUGAGUGUGUGCUCAGGGUUACGGUCACUUCAUGGGCAUCAAGGUCAUGCUGGGCUGCAGGGAGCAAAGCAAAGGAGAUACAGGACACGAACUGUCCUGCCACGGUGUCCCCAUGGCCCUGACUCAGGACCAGCCUGCAGGUCCUGCCCAGAGAAUGCCAAAGCCUCUGAGGCUGCUUUGCCUCCAAAGGUGCUUUACUUCCAAAGGUGCUUUGCCUCCAAAAGGUGCUUUGCCUCCAAAAGGUGCUUUUCCUCCCAAAGGCAGCCUGGCCAUGUGCCACUGUGGCCUCGGGGUGCCAGUCCCAGUGCCACCCGCUCCUCUGCCCACAGGAGACCUCUGGUGACGGAAAAAGAGCAGGCUUGACAUUCCUCCAGGUCACCUCCUGUCCAAAUAUGGGCCAACACGUGUCUUCUCCAUGCAGAGGAGAUCUGACUUCAAAUCUCCAAAGCACAUUCUUUCUGUUACCAUUAUUGUUGUUAUCACUACAAUUUUCAGGCCUUUCCACAUCCCAAAGAUGGGAAAUCUCAUCCAAAGACGUUUUGUUCCUUUAGGGUCAUCCCUACAGUGUGGGGAGGGGUCAGCCCUCUUUCCCCAGAGCAAAACUCUGCACCCUCCCAGCCUCCCUGUGUUACUCUACCACCUGUAUUUUAAUUUUCACCUGCUCCUCGGCCGAUUCGCAUCUUCUCUGGUGCUCAGCAAACCCCGCCUGGCUGGGGGUCCUCAUUUGUCUUCCUUCCUGGUGCCAUGUUCCGUUCUGACAUUUUGGUGAAGGGAGGGGGUGUUUUCACCUUUUUAUAUAGAUAUAUAUAUAAUGAAAAAUGUUUAACAUACUAACUCUGAGGAGGAGCGACGUUAACGGCAUGAUUUAUAAUAAAGGAGUAGCUACGA